AUGAAUGAUCGGGAUAAACACGAAACUGGUUCUAAAAUAAUCGGACGUUCCAAUAAAGAAAAUAUAAAAAUAAGGGCUAAUAAAGUUCUUGUAAAUAAAUCUUUCUUCUACGUUAGUAACCUUGAUAACAGUUGUACUGCCGACGACAUUAUGGACCAUUUACGUACAAAUAACAUCAACGUCAUAUCGUGUUUUGAUAUCAAGCGACCUGAAACUCAGCAAGAAUCAUCUGCGACAACAAAAUCUUUCUAUAAAUCUUUCAGAGUGGGAAUAGAUAGCCGAUAUACCUGCAAAGCCAUUGACCCUGACAUCUGGCCAUCGAACAUUCUAGUACGUGAGUGGUCCUUCAAAAAAUCAACAAAUGAAGGCAUUCAGUUCACAAGCAAUAAAAAAACACUCAACGAAAACCUUCAGACAACAUUCGACAAAGAUACGACACAAAAUGGAUGA